ACAUUUCAGACUGACUCUUUUUUGUUGAGACGUCAGUUUACUAAUCAAAUCAAACUCGUAUCAAUUUAUUUUAUAACUUUAUUUAUUUUAACUCAGCAAUCAGUCCAAACCAGUCUAUCUGCACAACCGUAGUGUUCGGAGUUACUCUGCUUCACGCAAUUUUACUGGUACUACUUUAAGAAAUUCGACGACUGGAAGAUUGGAUGUUAAUUUAUCAAACUGAAAUCCCUGAAGGUGUUGAGGAAAUUUAACAUGUCAACAAAACAUUUACCAUUAUUCCUCGAAGGUGAGGUAGCUAAAGGCUUCGGAAGAGGAUCUAAGGAUCUCGGAUGCCCAACAGCUAACUAUCCUCUAGAAGUGGUACAGUCUUUACCCAAAGAUCUUGAGCCGGGAGUGUACUAUGGAUGGGCACAGGUAGACAAAGGUGACACCUAUAAAAUGGUGGCAAACAUUGGCUGGUGUCCCUUUUACCAAAACAAGCAAAUGUCUGUGGAAACCCAUAUUUUGCACAAAUUCGAUAAAGACUUCUAUGGAUCACAAUUAAAAAUAGGUCUAGUGGGAUAUCUAAGAGGAGAAAAAAAUUUCAACUCUUUAGAGGAACUUAUAAACGAAAUCAAGCAAGAUAUUUCAAAUGCGGAAAAACUUUUGGAACAGCCUGAUGCACAAAAUAUCAAGAAUGAUAAAUAUUUUGUAUAUUGACAACUUUAGCAAUCUAGCUCACUGCCUUUUAGACAAUUUUUGUAGUAAUUAUGAAUUAAUAUUGAAAGUGACAACAUUGUUAUUACCACAAUUAAUAUUUAAUUAAAUUAUUUUGUUAUUUUUGUCUGGUGGAAUUUA